UUGCCUACUCUGCCACACUGUGCGCGACAAACAUGCAUUCGUACAACAUUAGCUAUGAGACAGUUCUCAAUUCGUUGCUAUAAAAAGGCUAGUGUCAGUGCAAACUAAAUAUUAUUCUCACAUUGUAAACAGAACACCAAAGUUGUCAAUAUGCAAAAAACUAUUCUCACAAUCGUCGCCUUGGCUUUCGUCGGCAUUGCUCAAGCGCAAGUGCAAUUUAGUGGUGGUUGUCCAUGUAAUGUACAAGUGCAACCCGAUUUCGAUGUGGCGGCGUAUUUGGGCACCUGGUAUGAAUAUGCCAAAUAUCCUGUUUACUUCGAGGCUAAUGGCAAAUGUAUUCAAGCUCAAUAUACCCUUAAAGAUAAUGGUCAAGUGGGUGUGGUGAAUAGCAUGAUUGACCAAACUACCGAUCAACCCUCUGAUAUUGUUGGCUAUGCCGUUGUGGUCGAAAAUGCAAAAUUAUUGGUUACCUUCCCAGUGAGUCCCGCCUAUAACGUAUCAAGCAAUUACUGGGUUUUGUCCACCGACUACACCAACUACAGCGUUGUUUACUCCUGCCAACCGACACAGGACGAUUCACACAGCAUAAUCGUUUGGAUCUUGACCCGUGCGCAGCAACCGUCUGCCGAACUUAUCGAGAAGGCUGAAAAUGUGCUGACUUCAAAUGGUGUUUCUCUUAGUCAAUUGGUUGUCACCAAUCAAAGUGACUGUCAGGCCGCUGCCGCUGCUGGUGACAAUUGCUCGUAAAUUCCAGGAGAAUGUGAUUAUAGAAUGAAAUUGGCCUAAAUUUUCGGACGUGUAGUGUAAUUAUGGCAAACUGUAUUCAUAUAUAUAUAUAUAAAAUUGAAGUCAAAUAAAUCUGAGCUGUGAAAUAAA